AUGGAAAGUAGAAACAACGUGACAGAGUUUGUUCUUCUGGGGCUCACGCAAAAUCAAAAUAUGCAGAAAAUCGUAUUUGCUGUGUUUUUUGUCAUCUACAUCAUCACAGUAGUAGGAAAUUUGCUCAUUUUGGUCACCAUCACUGUCAGUCCAUUGGUGGAAUCCCCUAUGUACUUUUUCCUGGCCUGUCUCUCCUUUAUUGAUACUUGCUAUUCCUCUGUUAGUACUCCUAAAUUGAUUAUCGAUUCAGUCAGUGAAAGGAAGACCAUCCUAUUCAAUGGAUGCAUGACCCAAAUCUUUGGAGAACAUUUAUUUGGAGGUGUGGAAGUCAUCCUUCUUACUGUGAUGGCUUAUGACCGAUAUGUGGCUAUCUGCAAGCCCUUACACUACACAACCAUCAUGAACCGGAGAGUGUGUGGUCUGCUAACAGGACUCUCCUGGUUAGGAGGUUUUCUUCAUGCAACCAUACAGAUCCUUUUCAUGUUUCAUUUACCCUUUUGUGGCCCCAACAUCAUAGAUCACUUUAUGUGUGAUCUAAACCCUUUGCUCAGUCUUGCCUGUACUGAUACUCACAUUCUGGGGCUCUUUGUUGCAGCCAACAGUGGAUUCAUGUGCCUACUAACAUUUCUCCUCCUGAUGAUCUCCUAUACAGUCAUCCUGUACUCCCUAAGGACCCACAGCUUGGAGGGGAGGCGCAAAGCUCUCUCAACCUGCAUAUCUCACAUCACAGUGGUUGUCUUAUUAUUCGUGCCCUGUAUAUUUGUGUACAUGAGACCUGUGGCCACUUUAGCCAUCGAUAAAGCAGUUGCUGUAUUCUACACUAUCAUUACUCCCAUGCUAAAUCCUUUAAUCUAUACUUUGAGAAAUGCCCAGAUGAAAAAUGCCAUUAUAAAAUUGUGCAGUAAGAAAAUGACUUUAGUUGAUGAAUAG